AUGCCGUCGAAGAACACCACCGCCAUCCAAACGGCUUGUAGGCGGGUUGAAUGUGGGCGGGAUAAAAGCCAGCGGAGGGAUGGGUAUUUUGGAACGUUAGGGGAGUGUGUGGAGUGGGCAGAGUUAGACGAUUCGUUUACGGGGAGUACUUUUCAGUUUAUUAAUCAAGUGUACGUUGAGCUUGAAGAUACCGACACCUCUUCCGACACUCGUAGGUAUAUUGAUCGAGACCGAGAAGAAGCUCACGCGAUACUAAUGCGUGACUACUUCGUUGAAGACUCAAAGUCUGAUGAACCAUUUUUUCGUCAUCGUUUUCGCAUGAGCAAAAGGUUAUUUUUGAAGAUUGUUGGUGAUAUUGAAGCUAAAUUUAGUUAUUUUCAAGAGGGGUACGACGCACGGGGUAAAAAAAGUUGCACCGCUCUUCAAAAGUGCACAUCGACGAUCAAGCAACCGUCUACGGGUGAACCUCCAGACGCAUAUGACGAGUAUUUAUGUAUGGCUGCAAGAACGGGACAGGAGAGCAUGGAGUACUUUUGUGAUGCGGUCAUCAAUUUAUAUCAAAAGGAGUUCUUACGUAGGCCGACAUCUCAUGACGUUGCUCUCAUCAAACAAGCUCAUGAAGAAAGACACCACAUUCCAGGAAUGCUUGGUCUUGAUUGUACACACAUCGAAUGGAGGAUGUGCCCUAAACACUUAAAAGGGCAAUACACGAUGGGUGAUCACAAGUCGCCGUUGUUUCAAAACGAGCGUCAUGGAUCCGCGCUAGACAGUUCAUUUAGUGUAAAUGGACAUGAUUACAAGCGCGGUUACUACCUUACCGAUGGAAUCUAUCCAGUGGAACAAGAUGAAAAGAAAUUUAAAAGACUACAAAAGACUGCAAGAAAGGAUGUUGAGCGGGCAUUUGGUGUUCUCAAGGGAAAAUGA